AUGAAUAGCACAUCUAAAACCUUCUAAUCUCAAACUACUAAAGCCUCCCAUCGCAAAGAAACUUUAGGAGGCUCCUUCAAUGAUGAAAACUUCUCUGUGUCCUCAGGGCAGUCAGAGAGAUAAAAAUACAUAGCUGAUUGCAAAAGAUUGCUUAGUGGGCUCAAGAAAUGUCAAUAGCAGAAUGAUGGGAAAUAGUAUGAAAAGCAAGGAGCGGCAGUUCAAGAUGAGAACGAACAAAGCCAGCAAUUUAAAUUUGAAAGCUACAGGCCCAAGGACGACAGAUAAAAUCAGGGACUUGAGGCAUUAGAAAAGAUGCUGGACGACUAUGAUGUAUUAUAUGAUAGCUCUAAGGAGCAACUCUAUGAUAAUUUAAGAUCCACUCAUCAUUUCACAGAAAGAAAGAGAAUACUGGACGACUAUUUUGCAAAUUUAGAAAAUGACUCUAAUUAAAUUAAGAAUUCAUAAGUAUAUAGAGCUUUUAAAAAUCUUCAUUUAACGGGCAACAGCAUUCAAAAAUUAAGAGAAGGACAGGAGUAAGCUUAGAUUAAAGUACUUAAGAAAAAACUAACUUUUUCAGACGAGAAUGAGAAAGCCACAUCAAAUUAAGAUUAUUCUUAGGAGAAAUAGUCUCAGCACUUGAGUAAUCAGAAUUACUAAUAGUCAAACUUAUUUAGAGACAUUUAAAAUUCUCAUGAUUUAAGUCCUGAGAAGAGAUAACCCAGAGAUCCAUAAUUGGCUCAAUAGGAAUAAAUGAUGAAGCAUAAAAAAUCUAUGGGUAAUGGAAGUUCUGGACUAAAAUACUCUAAUCAGGAAAAUGCUUCUCCAGUAAAAAGAUCAAGCGGGACUGAAAACUAAGAAAACUAGAUCAAGCUUGGAUCAAUGGCAGCUGGUAAGGAAAAUUCCUCACAGAGAAGAAGAAAAUCAGAGAGAAAUAAGGAAGGUCUGAGGUAGCAAUAAUCUAAAACUGAAAAUUCAAUUAAUUAAACCCAGCAGCAAUAGUUGCAAUAAGUGUAAUAGAAUUUACCUACACCUAUUCAGCAAUAAUAACCUCUUGUUUAAUAAAGUCUGCCAUAAAUUUCACAGGAAGCUCUAAAGGAAAGAUAAGCUUUAAAGGAUACACUAAAUAAAUCACUCUUUAAAAGCCAGAAAUUUCACAGACAACAGACACUUACCUAAUAAUAGCAGGAAUAAAUUCCUUAAGACAUCACUAAGGUAAUUUCAGUAGAUUCCUAUGUUAUAAAUUAUGGCAAAUUUGUUUGCGGAAAAAUUCUAGGCAGCACUCUUCAAGUCUCUAACACAAGUAAUAGUGAUCAAAUUAUAGAGAUUACUGUUGAUAAUCAGCAAGAAGACUACUCGUGUGAUGAUAUCUUCGGACCAUAUCAAAGAAAUGAACUACCUUUUUAAUAUAAAGAUGGAACUUCAAUUUCAAACUCUGAAGUUUCUUUAUCCUCAUGGUUCAUUGAGAAUCCUAUUAAUAAAGAUUUGGUGAAGAGUCUCACUAUAAGAAUAUCUCCAAACUGUGAAAAGGAAUUCAUCAUUGUUCUGAAAGCACCUAAUAACAAAGUAAAGUAUAAUCUGGCUUCUUUCAUUGUUAUUAAGCAAGCUCAGAAUCUUAGAAGAACUAGCUCUAUCUCGUUGUAAAAUGAAAAUUUUGAAGUUGAAAAAAGACUAAGAAAAAAUGGAAGCGACUUAAGCGAUAUUUCUAUUGAAAUUCAUAAGAAUCCGACAGAAUAAGUUUAAAAAGAAAUCAAAGUAAUGCUUCUCGGAAAGCUCGAAAAUCCCACUAUUGAAUGUCUACGCUAGCUUUAUCAUCAAGAAGCUGGUUGUGAGAUGAUACCAUUAGGAGUAAAGAAAACUCAAGCUUAAUAAAAAUUCAGAAUCCCAUUCAAGAAUCUGAGUUUGAACUAAGAUGCCGAGGUAGAAUUUACUUUCGUAAGGUUACCUAAAUCUCAUGCCAAUUCAUAAGAUGGUAACAGCGAUGCCUCUCAGUAGGAUGAUAUAGAUUUGAGUCAAUACUUAGAAUUCUAUUGCUAACCAAGCAAUCUAAAAUUACCUAUGAAUUCCUAAGGAUUUUUGAAUGUUCUCAUUAAAGUGAACAGUUUAAGACUUAAUAAUGAAGUCUCAACAGAAUAACUACUCAGAAAACCAAUAAAUAAAUUAUUGAUAGCAAAAUUAAAAGAUACUAAUGUUCUGUUCCAUUACUUCAUCUCAAUAAGUAUGAUUAAUCAGUGA